GUACGGUGACGUCACUCAGCCAGGAAAUAAAGCAAAUGCGCGAAUAUUAUGAAAACGUUUACAUUGCUUUUCUACCGCUAGUCCCUUUUUGGGGGUCGCUGAAGCCUAUCUCAGCUGCCGGUUGUAAAUGUUUUUGAUCAACUAGAUGCUGUGUGUUUCUGGCGGUAAGACUUCAUGGGGGUACAACUAGAAGAGACACCUGGAAGUAUGGCGAGCUGCUCUCAUGUCUUUCAGAUUUCUGGGAUCAAAAUUCGGGAUGAGAAGAGGUUUUUGAUCCAGGGCAUCCAUCAGUUGGAUGGAAAGUACAUCGGGGGCUCAGUUUUCCAGAGCGCUUGCACACAUCUCAUAGUCCCUCAAGUUUUAUCCAGUGAGAAGUUUUUGGCAUCUUGUGCUGCAGGAAAGUGGGUCGUUACUGUAAACUAUGUUCUGGACAGCGUUAAGAAUGGUUCCUGGCUCCCGGAGGAACCGUACGAGCUGUCUGUUUCCACAGGCACCAAGUCUGUCUUCUAUCCUGUCAGACAGUGGAGAGAGAAGGUGAUCAGUGGGAAAAUAAGCGGGGCCUUCCAGGGCUGGAGGGUUCUUCUCAUGGUCCGAAAUACUAACCGCUCGCCCGUGUUCAAACGGCUCCUGAAAGCGGGCUGUGCCAGUGUAUACAGCUAUCCUCCUCCAGCGGAUGUGUCCAUCACUCAUGUUAUGGCUAAGCCAAUUACAAUUGAUGCAAGAUCCCACAAUGCUCCUUGCAUUCCUGUAAGCCACAUUGUCAAGCACCUCUUUGGGAACAAUUCUGUCAACAUGAAUUUCAACAUAACAAAUGACUAUGAAACAAACGAGACCAGUGUUGUGGAUGUUGACUUCUCUGAACUAGAAACAGAGCUCAAGGAGUACGCCAUCAAACAAGAGAGGCGACCAAGAAUGUUCUUCCUUGAAUUUCUGGAUGACCAUGCCCUGUAUCAUCCUCAGUCACAGGCAAGUGAAACAGACCUCAGCAAUGUUGGCAGCAUGAUAGAAUGUGGCCUCUCCAUUGAAGCUCUGGACACAAUCCGAAGUGCAGUUUUCCCAGGGUUUCUGCCACCAGCGCCAUACAUGGUCUCUCUCAUGGAAUACGCCCAGCAGGGCAGUGCCACACCUGUCUUCAUGAGGAGUUUCCAGCAAAUAUUGCACAGGUUACUUGUUAACAACCCUCCUUGGCUCGGUCCCACUACCGUGAAAAAAUAUUUCAGUCAGCUGUUGCAGUGUCCUCGCUGCAAGACAGGGCAAUGGCCUUUUCUGGAGACAGCCAUCAGUUACUGCCUGUCGAGUGAGGCCACUUGUCACCGGCUCCCAGGACCGGCCCUGCCAACACUCUUGCAGUUCCACAGAGACCUACUGGAAUUCUUUCUCAAACUCUUCCAAGGGGAACUCCACUCUGUCACUACUUGUGAUUUCCAGCAGCUUUCUAGUGCAGCAACCUCUCGGGUAUCUACUUCAGGUACAUUGCUGUAUGGAACCUUCUGGACUGUGUGGGAGCGAUCAACACUGUUGUCUUGCGCUGUGAAAAGGCUCAUCCAACUCAUGAUGCAGGCAGCCUCAGCGCUAAUAGUGAGGUGUGGCUCAUUUUCUCCAAAGGACCAUGCUGGGAAGAACGAAAAUAAUCACAAACGACAUCUAGUAGACCUCCUGUUGGGUCUCUUGUCUGUGUUGGUGGAGUUUUGGUGUCAGCAGCACAUAAAACAGAACCAGAAACUCGUGGAAAAGGGCCUGAAAUGUCUUUCAGAGCAUUUUGCUGUCACGAGCCAAAGUCUGUCUUUAGUGUUCCUAGCAGAGCUGGUUGCCAAAGUUACAUCCACAAGACUUAGACUGGCGUUGGUGGAUGCGAUAUUCAGGAAUAUAUGUUGCAAAAAUGAAAUUACAGUGGGAGAUGAACCCCUGUCUCUCAAGAAAGUGAUGCUGUCCUACCUGCCUGCUCUAGGACAUUUAGCUCAAAGCCACCGCUGGAUGCAGCAUACCUCCAACAGCUGCACAGACCCGGACACCAACUGUGGAACUCUGAGCCCAGUGGAGGAUAAAUCGAGGAAAGAAUACAUCCUGAGAGCUCUGAACAAAGUUAAUGCAGCAGGAGAGACCCUCCUCCACAUAGCUUGCAAGAAGAACCAAGUGGAGACGGUGCUGCAGAUCCUGGCGCUUCCUGGCAUCGACGUCAACGUUAAGGACUACACAGGGUGGACCCCUCUGCAUGAAGCAUGUAACCACGGCAGCACCGCUUGUGUGGAGGCUUUGCUACGUCACCGCCCUGCCCCUUUCCUUAAGUAUGCGGUGGGCGGAGUCACUCCACUGCAUGACGCCGUGGUCAACGGACAUAUGGACAUCGCCAAAAUGCUUCUGGAAACUGCAGACUCUUGCACAUAUGCAGCCUGGCAAUGACAGCGCGGGUGACUACGUGGAAAGUCUGGUAACAUCUGAUCUUAAACCAGGACUGGUUUAGCGCUUUGUGAGAAAUGUAAAAGGGGCAUCUUGUGUAUAUCGUAUUUUUUUUCUGUGCUAAUGCAGUAUAACAUUGCCUUCUUCAUUCAAUUUGGUUGUUCGCUAUGUGUCAAAUGCCAACCUGGAGAAGUGGAUUGCACUUUGUCAGGCCUCUACCUUCACACCUGUGCAACUUGGGUGGACCAACUGAAGACUGAGGGCCUGUCUACAUUAAGCCGGAUAACUACUUAAACCAGAGGUCCCCAAACUUUUUGACCAGGGGGCCACAUUAGGUUAAAAUAAUUUGGCCGCGGGCCAGAUGUCGAACGCUGGCGGGCCGUAGUUUAGGGACCCCUGCCUUAAACGAAUAAUUAUUUAGCCUAAGCACCAUUUCAGCUACACCGAACCAUCGUUUAAGGUCCCCCUCCUUAGAUAAUUUUUCUACAUGGGUAAGUGCGCCGUGUAUUUCUUGAAUCUCCGGCUCCUCGCUUUGCAUGGACUCAUCGAUCGUUUACAAACUGGAGAAGAAGUGACGCUAGAAAGACAACGCACCACACAGGAAGUGAUGUCAAAAAGGCUACACCCCACACAGGAAGUGACGUCAUAAAGAACGCGCCUCAGCCAUCUUCAUAAUAAAGCUCUUUCGUAACUCUGAGCUAACCACUGGAAAUAUGGAUGCGAGUCAUCGGGACAUGCCCUUGUUUAUGUACACACGAAAGGAGAAAUCACACAUGAAUACCUUAAGAGAAAGCGAUUGCAGCUAUUUCGGAUACAACACUUCUCAGACGGCAAGAGAACUUUCGAAUUUCUAAUUCUACUUACCGAAAAACGUUGCCUAUUUGUCAAAGGAGAGUCAACGAGAAUGCAGGCUCCCGUGGAUGUGAUAAAAAAAAGGUAGCGUGUGCUUUGUAUUACCUGGCCGUCGAGGGAAGACUACGGAAAACGGUGACUACAUUUGGACUAGCAAAGCAGACUGUAUCAGUUAUUGUCCGCCAGAUUGUCGCAGGCUUAACGUCUAGGUCCAGAGUAUAUAAAGUCACCAACAACAAAUGAACAAUGAAGGUGAAGGCGAAAGACUGAGUGUCCUGACCAGAUCUCUAGAUCCCUAGAUUGAUUGAUGUAAAAUGUUCUUU